ACAUGGCUAAACGUACCAAGAAGGUUGGAAUUGUUGGUAAAUAUGGAACACGUUAUGGUGCAUCCCUCAGAAAAAUGGUGAAGAAAAUUGAAAUUAGCCAGCAUGCCAAGUAUACCUGCUCCUUCUGUGGCAAGACCAAAAUGAAGAGACGGGCUGUGGGUAUCUGGCAUUGUGGAUCCUGUAUGAAAACUGUAGCUGGUGGUGCAUGGACCUACAAUACCACCUCUGCAGUCACAGUCAAAUCUGCCAUCAGAAGACUGAAGGAAUUGAAAGACCAGUAAAAUCUUCUUAUCAAAUACCUGUAGCCCAUAGUCCAACAAUAAAUGGGUUAAUUUAUGGAAUAAA